AUGUCAAAUCUACACACUCGCGGAAAUGGCCUUUGUGGAACUUUUGUUGAAUGGGAUGACAUCGAGCGAAGUAUACAAAGGGAGACAAAUCGCAAAGUGCUAUUAGGACCAAACAAAACCGCCCGACAAGUGGGAGAUGGGCAAGGUGCCACUUCUUGCAUAGCAAUUGUGGACCCAGACCUUCAGGGAGAUGCAGAGGGAUUGCCUUCAAGGUUCGCUGUGAAAAUGGCGAGCAAUGUUGGAGCAGCUCAAAUAAUAAAAUUAGUUGGACACGGACUUGGGCCAGAUGUGGAUGUGGAAAGUGCCUGCCUGGCUUACGAUGAGAUAGCGAAGGAAGGACAUAACCGCGAAAUAAAUGUCUAUCGUAUGUUCAAUAAUUGUGACAGAGAAAUCUCCAAGAUGCCGCAAUUUUACUUUGGCACCGAAUUCUCCAACGAUAACAAGAUGAAAGGUGUCAUAGGCAUGGAGCUGAUAGAAGAUACGGAAACCCUACAUAUUUUCCACAAUGUGAAACCAGACGAGCUCUCAGAUGCAAAUAUGAAAGAUGUGCUUGUUCAUGGUGAUUUAUGGGCACUGAAUCUGAUGUGGACAAAAAGCAAAAAUGGAUUGAAGUUGAAGAAAAUCAUUGACUAUCAGUUUGUGCAUUUUGGAUGUGCUGCGGAAGAUUUGGCAAGGUUAUUUAUCACCACACUUUCUGGAAAGGAUCGCCGUGAGAACUGGGAGCGAUUACUGGAAGAAUUUCACAGCUACUUGAUGCAGUACUGCACAGGAGAGCUUCCAUUUACUCUUGUACAGCUCAAGGAAUCCUACCGUAGGAUAUUUCCACUUGCUGGCUUUUUCCUUAUUGAGGUGUUCAACUUCGUGCCUAAGAUGGCAGGCAAGGGAAUGUCAGAUGCCGAACAAAAGGCAAUGAAGGGAAUCAUUCUGGAAAAGACAGCUGCUCUAUUGGAGGAUAUGCUGCAUUUUGCCGAAAGGAAGCAAAACCUGCCUAAGAACAAUAUUGAUUAA